AGGCGCGGGGCGGCGCCGCCCGCCCGUCUGCCGGCGAUGGCGUCGUACUUCGAGGAGCACGACUGCGAGCCGGGCCCCGGGCCCCGCGGGGACUUGCCCCGGCGCGCCCUGCUGGAGCUAGCCAGGUCUCUCUUCAACGGCCUGGAGAUCGACGUGGGCUCCCUGCGGGGGGGCGACUGGGACCACCGGCUUCCCCCGCCGGCCGCCAGACGGGCCGUCGAGAGCCUUCCCGAGGUCCGGGUUACCGCCCUGGAAGCAGAUAAGGGGCUGAAGUGUCCUGUAUGCCUGCUGGAAUUGGAGGAAGAGGAGGGGGUAAGGAGAAUGCCCUGCCAGCAUCUUUUCCACGCAGGCUGUAUUCUUCCCUGGCUCGGAAAGACCAAUUCAUGUCCAUUGUGCCGCUAUGAGCUGCCCACUGAUGAUGAGCAGUACGAAGAGUACAAAGAGGACAAGGUUCGGAGGCAGCAGCAAGCACACCAACUGGAAUAUCUGCAUGGCAUGAUGUACACAUGACCCCACAGUGUUGCCAUCCUCAUCUGGUGCAAACAGGGACUUUCGCAGUUGCAAGAGACAGAAACAGCUUUGGGGGGGGCAAGAGAAGCAGCCCUUGCAAGUGACACCCUCUGCCCCCCUCCUCAGGAGUAAUCAUUCAGACAUUCUCAGUGCUUUUCCUUUCGCUAAGCCACUCCCCAAACACACACAGCUCAGAGGUAUUUUUGAAAAAUAAAGAUUGCACAUGC